AUGGGGCGAAGCAGUACUUACUAUGAUAAGAAUGAUGGACUGAAGAAAGGAGCCUGGGCUGCAAGUGAAGACCAGAUUGUCAAAGCCGACGUCAAAAAACACGGUGUCGGAAAAUGGGGCAAACUAUCCAGGGAAUCAGGAAAUUCAAGUCUGAAGAGAUGUGGGAAGAGGGUGAGACUCAGGUGGUUGAACUAUCUGAGGCCUGAUAUCAUCAAAGGCAACAUUACAGAAGAUGAAGAAGAGCUCAUCAUCAGGCUCCACAAACUCUUGGGAAACAGGAAGCUACAACAAGAAAAUCACUUAGAAGUGUCUAAAGAUGAGGAGAUCAAGGAGGGCUUGUCAUCCUCUGCCGCUGCUGCAGAUGAGGACGACCCACAUUUGACCAAAAACAAUGUCAUUGAAGACGAAGAUCAUCAUCGUCAGCAUCACGAUGUUGACGUUGGAGUUGGAGUUGGAGUUGAAGCAACCAAUAAUAACGGUACUGGUGAUGAUGAAUAUCUGAGGGAUGACGGUGGAGCAAUUUCGUAA